AUAGGGCUGAAAAUGAUAGUGGUGGAAAGAUAGGACGGUGCCAUGAAGUCAAAGCAAGUUCAUAAGGCGAUCUCGUGCUAAAUUUUAGGUCAGAAGACGACUUAUACAUUUUCUUCUCCAUGGCUAUGAUCACAUUCAAGUACCAUGGUUCCACCGGCCAAUACUGCAAGAAAAAUUGAAAGAUUACAAUUUGAAGACUUUACCAAAAUACCCAAAUGAGAAAAGACACUCAACAAAUUUAAUUCAGUGCUUUUUAUCAUGUCCAUAAUCCUUUUGCUCCUUUUGUUUAUGUUAGCUUUGCUUGCUUAACUUCCAAACUUCAUUACUGCCAAUCUGUCUUCAACAUUACUUUCUAAAACAGUCACUUUUAUCAGUCUACACGCACAUUUCAUUAUAAAAAAAAAUACAAAAAAAAAAGAAGAAGACCCAUACAAUGUAUUUCUUACCUCCCACGCCAAUCAUCACUGAACUCUUUCCCUACAUGAUAAAACCCUUGAAACCUCACUCCAGAUCUUACAAUCUCAAACCCCAUCUUCUUAACUCAAAAUUUCUUAUUACAAAACCCACACAUCAGUAUCCUAGAGCUAGCUUUAGCCAUGUUCAAAACAAAAAUAACCAUCUUACUCUGGCUUUCUGCCUUUGUUUUUGCUCUCCUUUCCAUGAUCAUUUCUCUCCACAAAAUCCCUCUUUUCCCAACUAUCACUACCACUACCACUUCUAACAUUAAUCCUGGGAACAGUUUUGAGCAUUCUAUUUACGAAAGAAUUUUCAAGCAAAGUGGCACUGAGAACUUGUUUUCUCACCUAACAAGCAUGGUGUCCACUACUCAUCAUCAUCACCACCACCACCAUACGAGAGAGGCUAAAUGUGACCAGAACAAGUGGGCAUCAAGUCUAAUAUAUAAGUACAAUGCAGCCCUCGUUUUGACUGUUGGCUUGAAUGGCUGCGCCAAUUUCAGCAGCGUCCAAAAGGCAGUUGAUGCUGUCCCUGAGAGGAGUAUUUCUAGGACCCUCGUCAUAAUUGAUUCCGGCACCUACAGGUCAGUGUUUUUUGGAGAGUACCAGUGCGAGGGACCUGGGGCAAACUACACAUACAGAGCCUCCUACGCGAAGCAGCUCCAGCAAGCCGAAGCAAAUUCCUUCAUGGACAUUUCAUAUAUCAACGGAAAUGACUGGCUUUUAGAUCAUCCAAAUAUUAUUUCAUCUCCACAUGAGGGUUAUCAUAGGAAUUACAAUGAAUUUUAUUCAUACUAAUUACCUUGAUUAAAUAUAUAGCUGCUGUUAUCUUAUACACAUUUUUAAUAUUUACUAGUGCAUUGCAAUUAGUUUGA